AUGGCAAGGAAGGGGAACAGUGAAGUAUACUGUAAUGGACCCAUAUUGCAUCAGGUACAGAAAGCUUAACUGUUUGAUGAUGACAAGUACUUUGUUGACAUGAAGCUGAAGGCUGCUCCUGAAACUGACAAUGAUUUUCUCCUCCAGAUCCGUCUUGGUGUUAAAGAUCACCCAGAGCUCCACUCCCCACAUCCUGUCAUCGUGCCAGGGGGGCGCUUCAGGGAAUUCUACUAUUGGGACUCCUACUGGGUCAUCAAUGGGCUCCUGCUGUCAGAGAUGACAGACACAGCCUAUGGGAUGAUUCAAAACUUCCUCUACCUCAACAGAUAUGGCUUCGUUCCAAAUGGUGGGCGGAUUUACUACGAAGGGCACAGUCAGCCUCCAUUCCUCACUCUAAUGGUGGAGAGCUACUAUCAAGCAACCAAGGAUAAAGAGUUCCUCGGCUGCUGUGUGUACAUGUACUGGUUUAGAGCAGCUUUACCAGGAGCACGAGUACCAAUUUUUGGUUCUAAGGUAGUGAAAGUAAACAGGGCAGAGCAUGUACUCAACCGAUAUCAUGUACCGGUCGGCUUGCCCGGACCUGAAUCCUACACAGAUGAUCUGGAAAUGGCUGAAGGAAUUGCGGAUGGUAAUAAGGAGCAGCUGUGGAUUGAUCUGAAGGCGGGUGCAGAGUCUGGUUGAGAUUUUUCAUCCUGCUGGUAUUUAGACAGUGAUGGUCACAAUAACAGCACUCUCAGAGAGACCCGCACCACUCAGAUCCUGCCCACUGACCUCAACGCCCUGCUGCGCCUCAGUGAGAAGACUCUUGCUUCAUUUCACAGGAUAGUGGGUAAUAGUGACUCAGCUGCACUGUAUGACCAGGCUGCAGCCUGCAUACUAGAAGCAAUAAAGUCAAUGCUGUGGGAUGCUGAGCGGGGAGUCUGGUUUGACUACAACCUGGUGACACAUUCCAACCACUCUGAGUUUUACCUCUCAAAUCUGGCAUCUGUUUGGGUACAAUGCUAUUCUUGGCCUGAGAUGAGAGAGAAGGUGCUGCAGUAUCUGAAGUAAAGUGGUGCUCUUCAGUUCCCCAGUGGAGUCUCAACAUCACUGAGAGAGUCUGGGCAGUAGUGGGACUAUCCUAAUGCAUGGUCUCCUUUACAGCACAUGCUCAUUGAAGGUUUAUCCAAAUUGCCUUCAGAGGAAGCUAAACAACUAGUUUGGUUAGCGUACAUGAAAUAUGAAGCCAUGUUUGAAAAGUAUGACGUGAAUGGAGAUGGCAAACCUGGUGGUGGAGAGGAAUAUGAAGUUCAGCUGGGUUUUGGUUGGACCGACAGCGUUGGCCUGCAGCUCUUGGACCAGUAUGGGGCGACUCUCACCUCAGGAUGCAGACGUGUGUCCUCUGGCCUCCUGCUGCCUCUGGUCAUCUCAGUCCUUCUCACGCUCCGAUGAAUCAGAGGUGACAACCGAGGCUGACUGGAGGUUGGAUUUUGUUUUGCCAGGUUUCAGUACACUUACAUCGUGUCCACUGGCAGACUCCAGACUUACACAAAUUGACAUUAAAAAUUAGACUAAAUUGUACAUAUUUUAACAAGAUCUGAUAUUUGUUCCUCACUUCCUAUGAUCAGGAUUUUUUAUUUUUAUUUGCAGAAGGAACCAAAAAUCCCUUUUGAUGAAUAUUUUAGUAUUUAUCCUCAGAGGUAAAUUAUCUCUGGCGAUAUCUGAAGAUACAGAUCAUUUAGGCAAUUCUGGACUCUCUCCAGUAAUGCAGGCUGUUUCUGCUCGCUGUUGCCUGGAUUACAACAUUAAGUAGUCCCAGAUAUUGAACUGACAUUACAAACAGUUAUUCACCUAAUUUAAUUAUAAAGUUUAUUGCUGUACUGUAUCUUAAGUCCAAGUAAGGUGUUCCAUUUGCAUUUAAACUCAUGUUUAUGUUUAAAAUAGUUCAUGUGAGAAAUAAAAAUGUGAAGUGAUUUAAUUAAUGAUAUA